UAAGUAGGUUUUGCUUUACACUUCACCUCAUUAAUUCAAACCUCGUCCUUUAAAUUUAUUUUUUAAUAUUUUGCAAAUAAACAAUAUCAUAAAUCAUCUGUACCUAUAGGGAAUUUCGAAACGCGCAAAUCAUUUCUAAAUUAUGUUUAGGAUUCCAAACCCGUUCAAAAUGCCCGUGUCUGAGCAACAGCCUCGUGUCACCAAGAUUGAGCGGCCAACUCCGGGAAAAAGACUUAAUCCUUUGAAAAUAUCUAUGGCUCAACCACACAGAACAGUGGCGAGAAACAACCCAAAUGUAACUGAAGAUCUGAAAAGUCGGUUGCUGGUUCUUCAGAGGCGAGUCAAAGAGUGGAAGGCCACAAACAACGUCUAAGAUGAGAUGUAUCUGUGAACUUCGCAGAAUAAACUUUUAGUAAAUAACUAUAAAUAUAACUAUAUUAUUAAAAAAU